GACAACUUCAGGACAUCUCAUCGUGGCGACAAGCAUGUCUCGUCUAAGUUCAGAUUUUCGUCUGAAUUCAGAUAUACUGUAUUCUGAAUUUCUCAGUUCAGAUAUCAUAACACUGGCCACAGAGAAUUCAGAACGAACAUUCAAGAUCCACAGAGCUUUACUUGAAUCGAAGACCAAAGGGGUUUUUGGCAGGCUAGAUAAAUUUAAGGAAGGUACAGAAAACAUAUAUCGUUUCCAGGACACUUCCGACAACACACUUUUGCGUUUUAUAGAAUGGGCAUACAGAGGCGACUAUCCCGAAAACAUCGCGAAACCCAGCUUAGCAAGUACCAAUCCCACGCUAGCAUCAUCCAGUUCCGAUAAUGAUACAACGACUGCCGAAGAUCCGUUGAGCUGCCAUAUACAGGUGUACAUUUUCGCUCAUGUGUAUGGAAUAUCGCGUCUUGGAUUAGUGGCGUAUGACCGUAUCACAGACCGCCUUAGAGCAAUAAAUAAACCAAAAGAUGGAAAGGUGAAACUGCAGGUAAUAUCUCUAAUGGAUCUUGCUUUCAAAAAGAUCCAUCGAGGUGACAGACUCUUGACCUGGCUGGGAAAUUAUGCAUCAUUCUGUCUGAGCGAGCUGAGAGUAGUAAGCGAAUUUCAGAAAGUGGUGGAAGAAGCACCAUCUCUCAGCCUAGCUAUGUUGAAGUAUAACAAUCCUGCUUCAGUUGCACCUUGGUCCCCGGAUCCUGGACCCAACAGUUUUUCUGGAUUCGGCAGUUUUUCUGCAUCUAACGGGCUUUCCUCGCUCAGCAGUUCUUCAGCCUCGACAACUCUACUGCAAAAUCGGAAUCUUUUCGGCAGACCAGUAUCACCAGCUCCACCAGCUCCACCAGGAUCUAUUUUUGGGCCUCCAGCAUUCGGAGGAAGCGGCCCUGGCCUUCAACAGUAA